AAAAAAGACAACGAUGUAUAAAAAGUUUUCACUCUACGGACGGGGUUCAGUCCAAACCAACCAGUGUGUGCAAUAGUGCGUCACGAUAAAAAAAAAGUUUUUUAAACUUUUUAUUUUACCCAAAAAAGUUUUAAAACUUUUUAGUGAAAAAUAUGUUUACUUUAGUGACAGUUUUGCUGGGUUUAUACGGUUUCACUGCGUCUGAUUCUUCACCAAAUUGGAGCCAUCGUGAUGAAUCAGCGUGGCCUGGGAUCUGCGGUGUGGGAUCGCAGCAGUCCCCAAUCAACAUCAAGCCACAUAUGACCUUAAGCGAUCCGCAUAAGGCUCACAUUCGUGGACCCCUGGUCUACCGUGGCUAUGAAAACGUCCUAGUGUCUGCUAGAAAUACGGGCUAUAAAGUUCGUUGGGCGGUGGUCCCAGGCACGCCGCCCCCGGUGCUGUCUGGAGGACCACUCAGAGGGGAGUACUCCUUCGCUGAAGUGCAUUUCCACUGGCUCUCAGAACACGCCAUCGACGGCACCAAGUACCCUUUGGAGAUACACUUAGUCCACGUAAAGUCUGGACUAACCCUCGCGCAGGCUCUCGAAAGACCUGAUGGGGUCGCAGUCAUCGGAGUCUUGGCUGAGGUGGGCCCACCCAACGCGAGUCCAGUGCUGGACGAGCUCAUACCUGCAGUUCCUUACAUCCUGAAAAAAUCCGGAGAAGACUCAUCGCAAUUCACUAUUAGCAUUAGUCGGCUGUUCAGCCCCAAGCCGCAGGAGUACUACACAUACCACGGCUCGUUGACCACGCCGCCGUGCCCUGAGGUUGUCACCUGGAUGGUCAUGGCCCACCCCACCGUGGUCUCCCACGAGAAUUACAAGAAUCUCACGAAAGCCGACUUGAGCGGUAUCAACAAUGAUCGCGCGGUGCAACCACUACGUUCACGAGUCGUCUACCGCUCCAUGAGCUUGUCGUCCUGCUCUAGCGCUCUUUCUCCCUCUAGCAUCGGCGCUUUAGCAACGCUCUUAACAUGUCUCACUUCCAAGAUGGCGUCGGGCGUCCUCGACGGGAUGUGCAGACUGGCCAACUGGAAGAAGAAGCUGUUCGGGCAGGCUCCGAAACAAUGUAGCUAGAAGAAUUCACGAGAAUUUCUAAUCGAAUUAAUGUUAAGUUGUAUACCUAAGUAGUAAAAAAAUUAUGGGUUUAUACAUAUAAGUGUACCGCAGUUUCCUGGAGCGCUGUUCUUCAGAAGAUGUUUCUCAGAUUUGGCCUUUCAUUUCCCAAAUUCUUAAAAGAAAUUGGCUUGAAAUUGAAAUUAGAUAGGUACGGUUGGAUAACGUUAGGUUUUAAAUAUUUUAGUUAGUAUCUCAACGAAUAAAGGAUGAAAUAAUAC